AUGUACAUCCGCAAAGACCACGCAGAGACAGACCUCCGUGUCCUGCGACGUCUCGUUCGGGAGAACCCACUCGGUCUUCUUACCACCGUCAUCUCAUCACCUUCGGGGUCUUAUCCCCUUGCCCAAGCCAGUCAUAUCCCGUGGGUGCUGGAUAUUGAAGAUGAGGAGAGCGAGACAGAACUCGGAACUCUGAGGGGCCACCUUGCCAGGCAAAAUCCCCAAAGCAAGUCCAUUAUCGAAGAAGCCACCACCAAGAACACACAGGUCCUCGAGAACGAUGUUCUUGUCAUUUUCCUGUCCCCGGUUCAUCACUAUAUCCUUCCCCUCUUCCUGGCUGAGACCAAGCCCACCACAACAAAGGUCGUUCCCACAUGGAAUUAUGCCGCCGUUCAGAUCUAUGGUAAGGCCAAGGUCUAUGUUGAUUCCAGGUCAACCGAGACAUCCGAGUACCUUACUUCGCAAAUCAACGCUCUCACUCGCCACUCGGAGAUUAACCUCAUGGGCUUCGAUGGCAAGGGCGGCAACCCCGAACCCUGGAGGGUGUCGGACGCGCCUGAGAGGUACAUUGAGCUCAUGAAGAAGGCCAUUAUUGGCAUUGAGAUUCAGAUUGAGCGCUUUGAGGGCAGGUUCAAGAUGAGCCAGGAAGAGACUCGGGGUGACAGCGAUGGAGUGAUUGCAGGGUUCCGAGGACUUGGCACUGAGGCGGGGCAGAGAGUUGCAGACCUUGUCGAAGAGCGACGGGAAAUUAAGGAUAAGGCGAAGACAGCACAGCUACGAAAGGACACUCUCUGA